AUGUUGAAACAAUUGGAAUUGAAAAAAGAGUUGUGUUCUUUAGAAUUAUCACAGGCGAAGGCGAAACGUGAUGUUUUAGAGGCUAGUUUAAAUCUACCAUUUCAUGAGUCUGCAGUAGAUUCUAAACCCUGUAAGUCAUUAAUUAAACUUCCACCUUUUGACGAGUCCAUUGAUGAAAUGGACGCUUACAUAAACAGAUUUGAGAGAUUUGCACAGGCUCAGGGUUGGCAAAGGUUACCAGCUGAUAAGAAAAAUGAAUAUGAGGCUUUAAGAGAUUCGUUAUUGAAAAGUUAUAAUUUGACUGAAGAGGGAUUUCAUAAUCGUUUUCGUAAUUCAAAACCGAUAUUUAAGGAAAUUCCACAGCAGUUUAUAGCUCGUUUAGAAGGCUAUUUCAAUAGAUGGAUAGAAUUAUCCCAGACUUGUAAAAAUUAUGAUGCUUUAAAGGAUCUUCUUUUACGGGAACAAUUUCUAGUUUGUUGUUCACUGUAUAUGACAGUUUUUCUAAAGGAACGAGUCCCCAAAACAGUGGAUGAAUUGAUCAAACUAACAGAUCAGUAUCUGUCAACACAGGCAUCGGCUAUUAAAAGUUCUGUGGGUGAAAGAAGAAAAUGUGUUAUGUUUGAAGCUUUGUGUAUGACUAAUCCUGUUUGUGACUUAAUUUUAGGUAACAUAUCGGGUGUAAAAGAUCCAUUUUCGGGUGAUUUAUUACAGGCUGUGGAAACUCAUUCCGGCAAAUCCAAGCAAAACCCUAAACCUCUGCGAGUUUCAGAUCUUGGCAAUGAAAAUGUAUCAAAAGAGCAACUGAAAGAAGCUCAGCAAAUAGAUGACUUGUUAAAAGAGGUAAGAGAAAAAUUGGCAAAAGAGGAAAAGGAUAAUCGAGGAGGAUUGAUAUAUAGAUGCUUUACGUCCCCGGAGAUAGAGAAUGGAAGGUUAUUUCAGUAG